UUUGACGAGAAAUUUCCCCUUUCACCCCUUUUCUUAACCACCACUCUUUCCUUUACCUUGUUUCACUCUCUCAGACAAAUCCAGUUGUCACUUGCUAGAUCUACCCCUUGUCAUUUAUAAACACAUGUACCUUCCUUGUACUCUCUCGUGUCCAAAACACUUCUUUUGCCACAAACUGAUCGGUUCAAUUAUAUAAUAGCACUUAUCCUCUUCACAAUCUCUCACACAAUUGAUAGAGCUUCUUUUCUUUUUGAAACUUGGUACUAGUUUUGUCAUUCCUUUUGAAUCAAGCUGCAAAAUUGAAAAAUCCCAUGUGUUUUUUGCUUUGUUUGUAGACACAAUUUGAUUUUAGUUACUUCACUAGCUUAGGACAGCUUGAAGAAUAUUAGAGCAUCUGGAAUUUCCAUCUUCACACUCUCUCACACAACACACAAACAUUGCUAAACAGAGUUUCUUUCUUUUUUUUUCUUUUUGUAACUUGCUACAAGUUUUCUCACCCCUUUUGAAUCAAGCUUCAAAAUUGAAAAAUCCCUUUUUUUUUCUUUUUUGCUUUGUGUAUAGACACAGUUAGACUUUAGUUACUUCUCACUAGCUAGUUACAAGAUGAAGAAUAAUAGAGCAUCUGGGAUUUUGAAGUUGAUAGCUGCACUGAGGUCAAUGGCAAAGUCAAAAUCUUUGGCUCUAAAGUCCAAAACGAACGCCAUCAAGGCUCGGUUGGUUAUAUUCUCACUUGUGAUGAACAAGAGGUAUGUGAUGAGCACCAUUUCUGACAAGUUCCAAUCUCUUCUGGGGCAUCACCAUUCACAUCUCAAAGAAGUGGAAGAUGGUAAUGAUAGUGUGGAGGACAAGUGCACUGUGGUGAUCAAUGACAAUGCACACUUGCAUGAGGAUUUUGUUUCGACCUCAAGUCUACAAGCAUCGAUAGGGUCAUCUAUAGUCUCGACUUCUGAGCGAUGUGAGAUUUUUGGACAUACCAGAAAAGCAGUGUCCAAUGUUAAUCCUAGUGAGACCCAAAUGGUAGUGGAGGACAAUGAUGGUGCUGAUGAUGAUGAUGGAUGUGAAUGUUUCUACACGUAUGGUGAUGAUGAUGAUGAUGAUGAUGAUGAUGAUGAUGAUGGUGGUGGUGGUGGUGGCAAUAAGUACCCGGAUCUUACACACACAAUGUUUGAGUCAGACGAUUUGGAAAUUGGAGGGUCAGUGAUUGAUUUGGUGAAGAGUUCAAAAGAAGAGGCAGGGCAAGAGUUCAAGAUGGAGGAUGAGAUUGAUCACAUGGCUGAUCUUUUCAUCAGGAAAUUCCGCAGGCAAAUCAUGCUGCAGAAGCAAGAUUCUUUGAAGAGGAACGAGAUGCAAAUCCAAUAAGGUGCUUGAAAGUUGAAACCUAUUAUAUUUACCAAUUUUUAGUACUUGUUGGGGUUUGUUUAGUUCAUAAAGGUUCAAACUUCAUCUCUCCCUUUAUCAAUGCUUUAAAGAAUAUGGGAGAAACAUAGGCAUGGCUUGUUGUUUGUUUAGGAUUCCGGUGCUUUGUUUGUACAAGAACAAGUCAUGAAUGAGAAGUGGCUCUGUUCAAAAAUAAUAAAAUAGAAGAUGUUGGGGGCACCUUCAACAGAGGUGUUUAUUUUGCUUUGCUUCUACUUAUUAAGUAUAUAGUUGCUUAAUGAGUUUUUUACAUUGAAGCUUAUGCUUAUUAAGCAUCACUUACGGAGCUUAA